AGCUGAGCGUCAGCUGUGCGCGUGCGCGUGAGAUUGUACGUGUGUUUAUUUAUUUCUAUGCGAAGUGUUGCGUGCGUCUUUCAACUGGCGUAGGGAUUAAAACAUCGUCGAUCCAGAAUGAUCUGAAGUAAGAGAAGAUAGAGAGGGGCUGGGAUGGCGGUGUGUGCUCUAACUGUGCUUGACGGGCUUGGGGAGGAAGCUACGGCUUUGGGUGGGGUGGUUGUCCUGUUCCUGGCCUUGGUCCUUGCCUGGCUGUCCACCCACGUGGCUGACCGUGGAGAUCACAUUCUGGGGACCAUUCUUACCGUAGGCGCCCAUGCCUCCCUCAUUGGCCUUGGGGGACACGACAGUUAUGCAAGCUCCCCUCCCAGCUCAGAGCCCAGCGAGCAGCCAGACGAGGAGCCCACAGAGGAGGAGAAACAAGAAGAGGGCGAGGGCCGGCCAGAUGGGGGAGAUGAUGUGCCUGGAGAAGAGCUGCUGGAUAUUCAGGGUGGGAGGAAGAAAGUGAGCUAUGUUCAAGGUGAUGAAAAUGAAGAGGGGAUAGAAGAGGAGUCUGAGGACGAGGCCACCAGCAUCACGGUGAGACUGAAGUUUCUAAAUGACACUGAGGAGCUGGCAGUGCUCAGACCGCAGGACACUGUUGGAUUGCUGAAGAGUAAGUACUUCUCAGGCCGUGAACAUCAGAUUAAGCUCAUCUACCAGGGCCAGCUGUUGCAGGACCCCCAACGCUCUCUCCUGUCCCUCAACAUCACCCAUAACAGUGUGCUGCACUGUCACAUCUCUCAAGCCCAGGCGCUGCGUGAGGCGUCCGCAGAGGAGAACCCCCGAGCCGGGAGAGGCUCCAUGCUCAGCGGGGGGCUGCGGUCGGCCGGCCUGGCCCUCAGCACAGGAAGCCUGGUGAUCCCCGUGUUCGUGGUGCUGCUUGCCGUGGUCUGGUACUUCCGAAUCAACUACCGCCAGCUGUUCACUGCCCCGGCCACCAUCUCUUUGGUUGGGGUCACGGUCUUCUUUAGCUUCCUCAUCUUCGGCAUGCACAGCCGAUGAGAGGACAAAUUAUGCCAAUAUUAGGAAGACGAAAUGACAGGACGUGAAAAUAAGCAGUCAGUGGUAGCCGAGAAAGUUCUCAGGGAGCCCUCGAGGGUUCUGGUGCCAUUUAGACGACUGAAGUCGUGUGUGAGGUGAGUGUGUGCUAGUGCUUUCAGCUGUGUAAGCAGCAACACUGCUGUAUAAUUUAGCUUCUUGGAGAAAAAAAAAAUAGCUUUAUAAUUAUUUAAUCUCAGCCUAAAGUGUAGCUUCUCUGUGUAAAGAGAAGUUAGGAUCCCAUGUCUGACUGGUCUUUAAUUUUAGAGAAAUUGAAUUCAGCUGAUGGUUUUUAUCACUUAAUGUGUCUCAUCUUCAUCGGUAUUAGCACUAUCAUCUGUUGUAGAAAAAAAAAAGUCAUAUGAUCAGUCUUAUUGCACAAAUAACAACAGAUGUGAUGUGUCAGUUAGCAGAUGUUGUGAGAGAUCAAUUUCCUUUUUGAUUUACUCAACUGAUUUUUGAUGUUUGUUAUUGAAGGAUGUUUUUCUUCUCUUUUGCCAGGUAUACUGUAUUUAUUUCAAACUUGUUUUUACAUGACAGUCUGGUUCAGCAUGUCUGCUGCUAGUUACAACUCAUAGUAAUUAGGAGUUCCUCAAUUAGGAGUUUCAUACUUGAAGAUUUUUCAUGCAAGCAACAGAAGCAUCUGGUUGUAGUCUAAAAAAACUCACUGCAUUAAUAGGCAAUUCAUAUGUGACUGAUAACAAAGCAAAUAAUUUCUUGUCCUAUAUGAAAUCUGUAUAUAAGCAAUGUAUUUACUGUAGAUAAAUCAAGAGAGUUUUGGAGGAACCUUAAAACUCUCUGACAAUAUGGUCACAGUUUUUCUCAGUAUUGUCAGAAAUUGGGGAAACCCCAAAAUGGUUUUGGGGGAUAACUGGUCUAUGUAUUCUCACCCUUGCUUUAACAGACAACCAGCACCUCUUUAAUUAAAAUGCAUUUUGUUUUUGCUUUGAUGCAGUAAUUCAGAAUAAAAUAGCUUAUCUUUGAAAAAAAAAA